UCACAAUUUGACCUGAUGGUAUUGUUUUCUGAUAUUAUUCCUUACAGGUCUUUCACCUCUGCUUUUCUCUUCUCCAUUGAGGUUCAAGUGACAAUUGGAUUUGGAGGGAGAAUGAUGACAGAGGAAUGCCCUCUGGCCAUCACAGUUUUAAUUCUCCAGAACAUUGUGGGUUUGAUCAUCAAUGCAGUCAUGUUGGGCUGCAUUUUCAUGAAAACAGCUCAGGCUCACAGAAGGGCAGAGACUUUGAUUUUCAGCCGCCAUGCGGUGAUUGCCGUCCGAAAUGGCAAGCUGUGCUUCAUGUUCCGAGUAGGGGACCUGAGGAAAAGCAUGAUCAUCAGUGCCUCAGUGCGCAUCCAGGUGGUCAAGAAAACAACUACACCCGAAGGGGAGGUGGUGCCUAUUCACCAGCUGGACAUUCCUGUUGAUAACCCAAUUGAGAGUAACAACAUUUUCCUGGUGGCCCCUUUGAUCAUCUGCCAUGUGAUUGACAAGCGCAGCCCCUUGUAUGAUAUCUCAGCACCUGACCUCGCCAACCAGGACCUGGAGGUCAUAGUGAUUCUGGAAGGAGUAGUCGAAACUACUGGCAUUACCACACAAGCAAGAACAUCCUACAUCGCCGAGGAGAUCCAAUGGGGCCAUCGUUUUGUGUCCAUUGUAACUGAGGAGGAAGGAGUGUAUUCUGUAGAUUACUCCAAGUUUGGAAACACUGUUAAAGUGGCUGCUCCGAGGUGCAGUGCCCGAGAGCUGGACGAGAAGCCUUCUAUCCUUAUUCAGACCCUCCAGAAGAGUGAACUGUCCCAUCAAAAUUCCCUGAGGAAGCGCAAUUCCAUGAGAAGAAAUAAUUCCAUGCGGAGGAACAACUCUAUCCGAAGGAACAAUUCAUCCCUCAUUGUGCCAAAGGUGCAAUUUAUGACUCCAGAAGGAAGUCAAAAUACGUCAGAGUCGUGACAGCAAGACAGCCCAAGGAAGUCUUCUGUUAAGGGUUGAUGCUUUAUGCGAGGCGCAUUUGGGCUGUACCAGAGCUGGAACAUAAGCAUUUGUCCCUUCUACACCUUAAUGUACUAAAUCAUAUUCAUAUUCAAACAACAGCACUUUCUGUAUCAAUAAAACAGUAACACACAA